AGUAUAAUAUACAGUCUUUCCUUAUAUGCUAUUGCCACCAAAUUCUGGGCGUUAUGAGCAGGGAAAGAAUCGAUUCCUUUCAAUCUUCUCGACAAUACGCUAUCUUUUUCCUUUCCCCUGCAUCAGCAUCACCCCACACUCCCUCUCAAAGCAACAACAUCUAAUCAAUUCUGUACCAAAAGAAGGUGCAUCAGAAUCUGAGGUAGUUUCCUCGCAAUUGCAGCCUGCCUAACUUGAGCCAUAAAUUCACGCAAUUUAUAACCUCGUGCCCACUCUCUCACCGAAGAAGAUGCCAUGGGGAAUCUGUUGUUCCGGUCUCGUAAGCGCACCGUCAGCCGCAGCGUCAGCUCCUGUGGCCCCGCCGUUUUAAGGACGCGCUCGCGCUCUCGCUCGAUUUCUCGCAUGAGAUCGCGCUCAUCUUCGUUUGCCGACAAUCCGUUGCCGGACAGAAAUUCGAAAGAAACCAAAGGCGGCAUGAGCUCCGGCAGCGGCGGCGCCGAGAAGAAGAAAAAGUAUAGUUACAUUCCCGAUAAUUUCACCUCCUUCGACCAGGUCACAUUGGCAUUAAGAGAAGCUGGACUGGAAUCAUCAAAUCUAAUUCUCGGGAUUGAUUUUACGAAAAGCAAUGAAUGGACAGGCAAAGUCUCAUUCAGUAACCGUAGCCUGCAUGCUAUCAGUGACACGCCAAAUCCAUAUGAAAAGGCUAUAUCAAUCAUUGGGAAGACUUUGGCCCCGUUUGAUGAAGACAAUUUAAUUCCCUGUUUCGGGUUUGGUGAUGCAACCACACAUGAUCAGGAAGUAUUUAGCUUUCACGGUGAUCACUCUUCUUGCCAUGGGUUUGAAGAAGUUAUGGCCUGCUACAGAAGAAUAGUUCCAAAGUUACGAUUAUCUGGGCCAACAUCUUAUGGACCCGUUGUGGAUGCUGCGGUAGAUAUAGUGGAGAAAAGUGGUGGACAAUACCAUGUUUUAGUGAUCAUUGCUGAUGGGCAGGUUACCAGAAGUGUCAAUACAUCAGAUAAUGAACUCAGCCCACAAGAAGAGAGAACCAUAAACUCCUUAGUGAAUGCAAGUCUCUAUCCUCUCUCAAUUAUUCUUAUUGGUGUUGGUGAUGGACCAUGGGAUGAUAUGAAGAAAUUUGAUGACAAAAUUCCUGAUCGCGAUUUCGAUAAUUUUCAGUUUGUUAAUUUUACUGAGAUAAUGUCAAAGUCCACAUCAUCUGCUGAAAAAGAGACAGCUUUCGCUCUUGCUGCAUUGAUGGAAAUUCCUGUCCAAUAUAAAGCAGCCCGUGAAUUCGGUUUAUUAGGACUUACAUAUAAUUUAACUUUUCUGUUAAUACAUCUCCUCUCAACUUGCAAAUUGGAACAAAGACGAGUGACUGGAAAAGCUAAGAAAAUAGUUCCUAGGCCUCCACCGGUGCCAUACACACCAGCAGCAUCACACAAUAGCCACAGUGGAUUAUCACGACAGUUCAGCAACAAUUCAGCGUCUGCGCAAGAUGACCAAACUCAGGUUUGCCCCGUUUGCUUAACCAAUGCAAAGAACAUAGCCUUCAGCUGCGGACACCUGACUUGCAGCGAAUGCAGCUCAAAAUUGUCAGAAUGUCCCAUUUGCCGGAAGCGCAUCACAAGUCGACUCAGGCUGUAUUCUUGAAAAUAUCCAGUUUCUGCAGCAGCACAUAUGUGGCAUGGAAGAAUUUGUUUUCGGCUUUGCUUUCAUUUUCUUCUUUGUAUGGUGUGUCAUCGAUGUUGUGCGUGAUUGCAGUAGCGUUAAUCAGCCGAUCAGCUCCUAACAGCUAAAUCGGAAGUCCAAUAGUGUAUAUGUGUUGUGAGGCGUGAAUGUAUAUAUGAAUCAUGGCAUGUAGCAGCUAUGCUUCUUUAUGUACAAGGUUGUAUCCUGCAUUGGUGUAAAUCUCAGGACUGCAAGUAUUUUAUCUUGAUAUUUUUUAACUUUUUCACCAGAGUAAAA